AUGAGUGAAGGUUUGAUAUCAGGCUAUAAUUCAUUUUUGAGCAGCCACGAGUUUUUGAGCGAUUCACUUUUUGAUGAAAAGUCAUCCGUUUAUUUUAAGGAAGAAGAGCGGUUGGAUUUAAAGGCACAGGCUGUUUCGUUUGCCUUACGGGAAGAUGAUUUAUCUACCUUACAGAAGCUAGGUGCUAGUAGAAGCGGAUUUGUCAAUCACUCCUUGCGAAGACGAGCAUGGAGUAAGCUUUUGAAUUCAACAAUGACUGUGGAUACCUCUCUGUCCGACAAUUCGGAGAGUUUACCACAUAAGGAUGAGCACCAAGUGUCUCUCGACGUGAAGAGAACUUUUGGAAGUGUCGAAGACCAACAAACCAAGGAAUUCCUGAGGCAAACGCUUGAGAGCACAAUAGUACGAAUGUUAAGAAAGUAUCCACAACUGAGUUAUUAUCAGGGAUACCAUGAUGUAGUGUCUGUGUUUGUACUGGUGUUUACUCAAGAGGGUAGAUUGGAUGACGACCAAGGCUCAAGUGAAUGUACAAGCAGGGAGGUGUCCAUUGAUGGCUCCGAUGAUCAAGAAAACUUGAGCAAUAGUUCGUCUUCGACUAAGCUUUUAGAUGAUUCCCUGCUUCUCGUGGACUCCGAUGCCCUCUUUGAGGCGGUAGAAGUAUUCACGCUCGUCUACUUGCGUGAUUUUCUCAUGUCUUCACUGGCGUUCACCAUUGACCAAUUAAAAGUGAUUCCAUGGAUAGUGAAGAAAAAAGAUGAAGAAUUUUACAACAAGUUUCAACUUGCAAAGAUAGAUCCUUUUUUCGCUUUAUCUUCGAUUUUGACUAUAUUCUCUCAUGAUUUGAAAUCGUGCUGCAAUGACGAUCGUGGAAUUGUUUUCCAAAUUUUUGAUCUGGUAAUUUCCUUCCAAUCAAUGAUGGUACCUUUGAUCAUUUACAGUGAGCUUCUAUUAGCCAAAAAACAGGUACUUUUGAAGAAAUACGAAGAGAACAUCGAAAACUUUGAUAAUGAUACAGAUCUAGUACAUGGUGUCAUCCAGCAGGUCAUGUGUCUUGACUUUGGCAUCGAUUUCUGGAGCGAGGUACUUGACUACACAAGAGUUUCGAUGGAGAACUCUUCUUGGAAACCGACUAAGACUGUUAACAAAUACAGUGUGUUGGUUAAGAACGUCAAACAAAUAGAGGAGCCAUUAUUGCUCAGUCAAGUGCUGUCUUGGUUGUCAAAAGAGAUGAAGCUCAAUCAGGAAAGAAGUAUGUCCGAGGCUUUCAACCGCAAAGGCGAUCAUAAGCGAGGCAUCAUCACCAAAUGGCAAAAGCUCAUUCAUGGUGGAGGAUUCGGCUUGGUUAAGUUUUCAAUUGCUUUAGGUCUUGCUGCAAUACUUUUGAAAGUCUAUAUCCAGACUAUACAGGGUGAUCACACGUUUUCCUUAGCUUCUUAUGCCGGCCAUGUUAAGCCAUUGAAAUUGCUUGGUUUGAAUCAGCCCGACAGAUUUUGGAUUGAUCCGCUGAAGAAUUUAUUGAAAGCUCCCAGCCGUUCCAAUUUUUUAUAG